AUGAUUCCCUGCAAUCCCUCCAACCUCUCUCUCCUGCCGCUCCUCCUCACCCUAUCCCCCAUCCACAUCCACGCCAACCUCCUCACCCCCUUCAGCACAACCGCCAGCCCCGGCGCGCUCAAAUUCCAACCCAUCCUCGACUUCGACACCGACAGCUGCGACCAAACCGCCGCAAUCAGCACCUCCGGCGAUCUAAACACCGGCAUCUCCAUCCCCAUCCGUCCAGACCCGCAACCAACCUCCUGGCUCCGAGAGGACCCCCUCGCCGCACUCCCAACCGCCGCCGCCAACGCGACCACGUCCACGUCCACGUCCACGUCCACGUCCACGUCCGAGCCCGAAACCCGCGCAAGCCCCAACCUCCGCGGCUGCCGCGACCGCAACCGCCUGGACCACAGCCAGACGUACGUCCGCGAGCGCUGCAACCACGGCUGGUGCGCGUACCUGUACGCGUACUACUUCGAGGGGGACUUCGGGUGGCUGAACGCGCACACGCACGACUGGGAGCAUAUCAUUGUGUGGACGCUCAACGACAACGUGUUCUUUGUCUCGUGGUCCGCGCACGGCAAGUACACGACGCACCACCAGUCGACUGUGCGGUUUGACGGGACGCAUCCGAAAUUCGUGUAUCAUCUUGGUGGGUGGGGGACGCAUUCGUUCCGCAAGGCGGAGGAGGGUGAUGAACGCAUCGAGAACGAGACCGGGGGCUGGUUUAGGGCGCCGCUUGUGUCGUUGGAGAAGCUGGGUUGUGAGUUGAAUCGGAGGUUGCUGGGGCAUGGGUGGGGGAGUGCGCAGAUGGAUCUGAGGAAGGAUCGGUUUGGCAAGGCGCUGGAUGAUUGGAUGCCCUGGGACGCGAGGAACAAUGAGAAGUUUAAUCCGUGGGAGCCGGUUGUGCCGGCUUGGGCUUUGUGA